AUGUCCUAUCCGAGGAUCCGAUACAGACGACAGGGUGUCUCAAGAGACGAAAGCCUCGUCUCACACGAACAAGACCUCCGCUUCAAGGUUUCGGACUCCGGUGAGGAAUCGUAUUUGGGCUUCGAUGAGGAAACGAAUUUGGACCACGUUGAAAGCCUCAUCCCAUCCGUACAAAAUCUCGGCUUCAACAUUCCGGAAGUCAAUGAGGAAUCGUAUCUGGGCCCCGAUGAGGCAACGUAUCCGAACCACGAUGAGGCAGCGUAUUCGAACCACGAUGAGGCAACGUAUUCGAACCACAAUGAGGCAACGUAUUUGGGCUCCGAUGAGAAAACACAUUUGGACCCUGAUGAGGAAACGAAUUUGGACCACGAUGAGGAAACGAACCCCAGUGACGGUGAGCAAGAUGAUCCCCGAUGCUACGGCAUAUGCCCCGGGACAUUGAACCCGGAUGCAAUCAGCAACGAGCAUUAUCGUCGCGGAAAUGACAACUUCGACUACAUCAAAGCGUACUGGCCACAGACGAUUCCCCGUCAUUACGCGUGGACUGGCAAAUACCCGGAGGACGAGCGGUUCGCCCUCGCACAUGUCGAAGACAAGAUUGGCAUCAAUCUAAAGGACAUAUUUGAUCAUGGGAGCUGGGUUCCUUUCAACGGCAUAUCUCGAAAAGGCAUUGCCCCCUACAUUGCGACCAUUACAUACUCGACCCCCCCUGUCACGCUCUCCUAUGCAAUACUCCGCCGCAACGUCAGCAGACCGGUUUGUGUAUUCGGAUUCAAACUACAUCUAGAUGGACAAAAUCAAAAAUUUAACCCCAUCCUUGUAUCGCAAUUUCAUAUGGUCAAGGCUGCUGAGGGGCCAGGUGGUUCUACAAAGACACUGGGUUUUCUGGGUUUUGAGAAGCCGCCCGAACGUGAGCGGUCGGCCGACUUCUGGGAAUUCGAGUGGUGGGUCCCGAAAUACAUAUGCUGCCGGGACGGCUUCAAUCUUCAUUUUCGGCCAGACGAAGUCAAUGCAAGGUCUACUGAGUCGUCAAGACGGGCUGGUCAUAGACAGGGGGCUCGACGAUGA